AUGGCCAACUUCUCGGUGGAGUGGCUCUCUCAAGGUUUUUACGCUAAGGAAAAGGAUGCUGGUGAGAUGACUCUCCAGAAAAGUGUGCAUUCUAAUUUCCAGGUUGAUGAGCCCAAAAACUCCCCAAACAACAGUUGCGGUUACACUAACAGCUCGGAAAGUGAGCUGGGAGAAGGAGAGCUUUUCCACCAACGGAGGACGAGGACCAAAUUCACCCCUGAGCAAAUCGAUAAUCUGGAGAGCAGUUUCAACAAGCAUAAAUAUUGAGGAUCCUCCCAACGAAGAAAAAUUGCCAUGAAACUUAACCUUUCUGAAACUCAAUUAAGUUGUCUCUUGGAGGUGAAGACAUGGUUUCAAAAUAGAAGGAUGAAGUUCAAACGGGAGCUGCACGAGAUGCGCUCUGACUUUCUUCCCGUGGCCGCCGUUCUGCGGCCGCCUGUCCUGUUUCAGCACCACGUCCUCGAUGAACAGCUCCACCACAGCAGUGCCUACUACGCGCAACCCCGCCUACUACAUUAG